AAAACACAGGUUGGAAAGCAAAUGGCUCCAGCUUAAAAGAGGCUACCAAAACAUUUUAUAAACUUCCAAAUAGGCCAAUUGAGCUAACAUUGUUUUACAAAGUUAAACAAGAGAGAGAGGUUUUUGGCACAAGAGCAGAGUAUCAUCCAUCGCUGGCGAGUGAGCCACCGCAUCAUUGGGUGAUUGGCUUGCUUACCAGAACAGCGCAGACGCCAUCCAAGUGUGACUUCCUCCAUAAAGUUAGAAACAAACAACAGCGGGUAAAUGAAGUACACAUUUCAGUCAGAUGAGUGCAUGGUCAUCACCAUACCUCUGGGCAGUCUCAGAGACGCUCAGGAGGGCCAGCUGAUGCCUGAGACGUUCCACUGUGUCUUCAAAGACGUCUACAAGGUCUUCCUCAAGGGUCAGCCCAAAGCUCUUGGGGCGGCUCAGCUCAUUGCUGGAGUCCUAGUCUUGAUUCUGGGGCUACUGCUUGUCCAGCACAGCCCAUUUGUUCUGUUCUACACCAUGCCCAGUGUCCUGUAUGUUGCUGCCGGAAUGCUGACCUAUGCUGCAGGUCACUCUCCAAAUAUGUGUGUGGUCAAACUGUCAUUUUCCUUGAACAUCAUCAGCUGUUUCUGGACAAUGGCUGCUGUCGUUCUCUGCACUCGCCAUGUCUAUUAUGAUUCCCCAGGGGACCAUCCAGAGGCAUUUGAUGGAAUCAAAUGGAUUGUUGCAGUUCUCCUGGUCAUUGAACUGGUUGUUGCCAUGGUGGUGAUCUACUGGGAGAGCAAAGCAGUGUGCAGACAGCACUUCAAUAUUCUGCCCAUAGUCACCCUGAAGCAGGAAGUAUGAAUCUGGACGACUGGCAAGAGCUCAACAAACAACAAACAACUAAGUGAAAUAAUUAUUCAACUUGUAUGACAUUUGUUUUACUUGUGGCAAUUUAUAGUGGAUACAGAUAGUCUUCACUCUGUAUAUGUUAUUAGGAUGUAGUAGUGAUUACCUAUGAUGUAGUAGUGAUUACCUAUGAUGUAGUAGUGAUUACCUAUGAUGUAGUAGUGAUUACCUAUGAUGCAGUAGUGAUUACAUAUGAUGUAGUAGUGAUUACCUAUGAUGUAGUAGUGAUUACAUCUGAUGUAAUGGUGAUUACAUAUUAUGUAGUGUUGAUGACGUAUUAUGUAGUGUGUAUAUUCGUAUUUUGCAUCAUUCUAACCAUUGCAAUAGAGUGAUAUACUGGCACUGUCUCAAAAGUGUAAAUAAGGAAAAUAAAUACAGAAUAUAAUUUCGAAAUAAGGGUUCUACUAAGUUUUCACUAUCCAUAUAACCUCUGGGAAAUAGUAACAACGUUGCAUUCAAUUGUUGUAGCAAUUUGUCAAAGAGAAAAGUUACUAUCAUGACAGAUUUUCUACUUACAAUUGCAUUAUGCAAUAUUAUAUUUUAAAAUGUAGCCUAUAUUUUAAUUUGACUUGUAUCUGAUUAAAAUGAGUUUA